GGUGUAAGAAGUACGGCAUGAUGCCCCUGGCUCACUUGGUGGAGCCAAGCCCGUAUCAGCCCAUCGAGAUCCCCGAGGCCACCACAUUUCCUCUCCAGCCGAGACAGCAUCGCAAACCCGGCUUGAAAGGCAGAAAAACGCGGAGAAAGAAGGUGAAGAAACCGAGCACCGAGACGCAGGAUACCGUCAUCCCACUCGCCUCGAUCUCCAAGACGAAUGAAGCCACUAACCUCCCGGGAAGAAGCUCCGCGGGUGAGGAGACAACUGCCCUUCAAACAACGUUGAACCCUGGUCCCAUCAAGAGGGAGGGCGAGAUUCUCACCGCGCGUCACCCGGUCGUCCUUACUGUGGAAGAAGCCUUCUCCAACGAGACAUGGCAGGGAGAAAGGCCGAUCUCUGGCCCUUCUGCAGGACACAGCCAGGUCUCCAAGCCAAGACCAGGCCUGUCGCAGAGAUGCCGCUGCUACCAACGGCUGGACCACUGCCCCUUCCAGAUUGGCCCCAAUGAGUUUAAGUACCAGCUCCACAAUUCAGAUGAUCGCACUCUUUACCACUGUAACUGCACCCGUCGGUUGGCCCGAUUCCUGCGGAGGAGGAAGAGCCCCAAUGAGGUGGAGGAGCAGGUCCUGUCCCACUACAUCGCCCCUUCCUGUUUCGUCCUGGAGAACCUCCCAGGCUGUAGGAUGGGAGGGGAAAGCUGGCCCAACUGCAUUGGCAUCGGCAAAGCCAUCCUGGCCCCGGCUCGCCACCUGACCAACCGGCUGAUGGGCAAGCGAGCGAGGGGCUCUCUCAAAGUGAAGCGUCAGGAAGGGGCAUUCCUGGAGGGACCCGCCCGGCUGUUUGACAAGUGUGUGCGGCUGGUGCGAGCCGCCCUCCAGCCGGCGCCCCGUUGA